AUGGAAGAAUUAGAUGUUACUCGUCAUCCAACUUUAUUACUAAUUAUUUACUCUACAUUUUAUUCCGCAGUAUUUUUACUGGGCUUUUUGGGUAAUAUAUUUGUGGUACUAUCUGUGAUUCUUCACCCCCAACUGCGUUCAUCAACAGAUUAUUUGAUAUCAUCGCUAGCUAUUGCAGAUUUAUUGAUUAUAAUUUUUUGCCUACCAACAACCCUACUUAAUAAUCUCUUGACAGGACUUGCAGAAUGGCAGCUUGGAGCAGCAGCAUGCAAAAUGUCAACUUGGAUAAAUUCAACAACGUCUUGCGCGUCAAUUUUCACCUUGGUUGCUGUUACCGCGGAUCGUUAUUUGGCGAUUUGUCAUACAAUGAAAUAUGCUGUAUGGGAUUCCCGUUGGACAUUAUAUGUGAUUGCGGGAAUAUGGCUGCUUAGUGGAAUGCUUGCUGCUCCAACACUUGCUAUUUACGACGAAAUAUUAUUUGCACUAGAUCCACCAAACAGUACUUUGGUAGCUCGCCUUUGUAUUGCAACACAAGAUGAAACAAUCAAUUUCAUAAUCGUCAACUUGCUGCUUGCAUUUACCAUACCAUUUGCUUUAAUAUCUGCUUUUUAUACUCGCAUUUUCGUCACUGUAUCCAAUCAUCGCAGUUUGGCCGUGGAUGCUAAAAUUCGUGAUGAACGUGUGAAACUGCGAGUUGCCCAAAUGAUGCUUACCGUUAUAAUUGUUUUUGCUUUGUGUUGGUUACCUUUACAUGGAAUAUACUGUUAUUUCAUCCUGAUGAAAGAUUACAACACUCCUUCCUUUCAAUUGGCAUCUCAAGUUUUGCGACCAGUUUUCCAGUGGUUAUCACUGUUGUCUUCAUCAUUGAAUCCACUUAUUUAUGUUGUAUACAGUCUCAAGUAUCGACGUGCAUUUCGUCAAUUGCUCUUACUACCAUGCCGUCGACGAUAUGAACGAAUACGAACUAUGACACAAAGUACCUUAAGAACACGACAAAAAUUUCAUGCACCAAAUGAAAAUUCACGUCGUAAACACUUCACUGGACAUAAUAAACUAACCUGUGAAAUGAUUACCCUGCCGUCAAUUAAAAUCUUAUCGGCGUUGAAUAUUCCUAGUUCUCGCUUAGAGCAAACGUUUAACUCAAAUAUUACUUCCAUAUGA